CCUGUCUGYCCCSUACCUGUUCCUCCCCCUCCAGUCCGGGCACUGGGCCAGUCCGUCAGAUUGGCCCUCGAGUGACUCUUCAGACUUCGGGCACAGCAGUGCAUGACACUGCUCACUCGAUCACARACCAAGGCCAUGGACCGGAAGGCGGGGGAAUCCCUCCUGAGCUAUGAGGAACGCCUGGCGGCAUUCAUUCAAGAGGCCAACGAUAGGGCCGCCGCCGCGGCCAAGGAACGUCAGCAGCUUGAACAAGAGGAGGAGGUCAAGCGACAGAAGGAGGAACAGGACCGACUUCGUCAAGAGGAGGCAGACCUGCAGGCGGCAGCUGAACACCGGUCAUGCCAGCGGGAACGACUGUUCACACGGGAGACCGUGAUCGGCGAUGAGGCCGCACGUUGGGUGGAARUGGCAUCUACAGAUGAGGCCCCGGAGACUGAGAAAGGGCUGUCAGCCCUUGCACAGGUCUCCCACGACCUCGUGGCCACCUGCGCUCUGCAGCAGGAGGAAAUCCUCCACCCGCAGCAGACAGUGGACCAGAUGCUCGCACGGCUGCGGGCGUUGGAAAAACCGCCAGCAGCUGUAGCAGCCGCAGGGCCUGCAAACCUUGCGACCCGUGUUCAAGUCUUGGAGGACGACGUCGGCAAUAUCAAGCGUGUGCAUCAGGACUUCAGGACGUCGCAGCAAGCAACGAACUUGCAGUUGGAGACGCAGGUCCAGGCGGCUGCCACCGUGACGCCCGCCGCCGCAUCCUCCAGGCGCCCACCCAAGCUAGAUGACAUUCCAGUCUUCUGCGAUCAGUCCAAGACGGAACCGAUCCCGUGGUGGCGCCAGUUUACUCUCCGGCUCGACAUGCGCCAUGUCCCGAACAACGAUCGACAUCCGUGCUUGUACCACCGAUCUGGUGAGACACUCGACACAUCCGACAAGCUUUUUAGCACAGCGUCACGGAUCAUUCUGACAAAUAUCGAAGCCCGCAACGCAGGCCGAUCUUCCGCGACGACGAGCGGCACCCAGCUCAAGCCAAAGGUGGCUUGCAUUAUUUCUUCCGAGGCUGCAACACCAAACGAGGGUGAAGUGUUGGCAGCUGCCCAGGAUGGUGGCCGGCCGCGCAACAACCACGGCCGCGACAAGACGAAGACUCAAUCCACCUCGACACCGAGCACCGGAUCUGCCGCCGACGAACCUUGGGUACAAUACGGACUCUCAGCGAACUCUUAUCGCACGCGACUCAAGUACCGGUAUUGCCUUUGGUGCAACAGCACCAUCCACGAUGCUGCACAUUGCACCACCAAGGGGAAACCCCGUCAGGGAAAGUAGGCGCCGCCGAGGGAAACUCGACACCUCCCUCGACGCCAUCAGAAGCGGUUGUGGCCACGACCGCCCUUUCUUCCGAGGCAUAUGCGGAU